AUGGCCUGUUAUUUUGUUGAGCAAAAUGGCAUUAAUAAGAAAAUAAAGAGUCUCCACUGCGCUGAUUUGUAUGAAAAGGGAAAGAAUAAAAGCGGCAUUUAUGAAAUUGAUCCAGAUGGAAAGGGAAGUUUCAAAGUGUUUUGCGAUAUGACAACAUCAGGUGGAGGAUGGACUGUAUUUCAACGUCGUCUUGAUGGAAGUGUUGACUUCUACCGAGGAUGGCAAGAUUACAAACAAGGUUUUGGUAACUUGAGCGGAGAAUAUUGGCUUGGUCUUGACAAAAUACACAGGAUGACAAAUAUUUCACAAAAUGAACUUCGUAUCGACCUGGAAGACACAUCUGGAAACACUGCAUACGCUCAUUAUGAUUCAUUUAAUGUCAGCAGUGAAAAUGAGAAGUACAAGUUGAAUGUUGGAGGUUAUCAUGGUACAGCAGGAGACUCGUUGAGGAGACAUGACGCUAUGGCUUUCAGCACCAAGGACUCUGACAAUGAUAUUUGGGAUAAUGGUAACUGUGCGGUGAAAUUCAAAAGUGCCUGGUGGUUUUAUGAUGGUUUUGAAUCCAAUUUGAAUGGUUUGUAUCAUUAUGGCAAACACACAUCGUACGGUGAUGGAGUCGUCUGGGACCAUUGGAAAGGAUAUCGUUAUUCUCUGAAAUCAACAUCGUUGAAGAUACGACGACGUGAAUUUGGAAAGAAGAAAUAAAGAUGUUGAACAAUAAAAAGACAUAAGGUUUACUUUACAAAAAAUGUAGUGCACUAAUACGUGUCUUGUUAGUUUUUCAAAAUAUUUAGAAUAGAGAUUUUUUUCCUACCAUUAGCCUAACCCGUAGUUAAUAGAAUAUACACAGU